AGUGUCAGUUUCCAUAAUGCGGGAAAGGAAAGAUACAGAAACCGCAUCUUGCUUGCUCUAAGAUCAACUCAUUUGCUUCAAAUCGAUAGGGUUUCUCUGCCUGUUUUCAUCGCUCUCUGGAGGGGAAUGAUGCAUAUCUUUGGGCAUCAGGUCUGAGAAGUUCAGAUUUGACUCAUUUUUUCCAAUAAACUAAUACACGAACUAUGAGGUGGUUUAGAGCAAGCUCCGCUUUAGCAAGACUUGCCAUUAAGAGAAGCUUAGUGCAGGGAGGAUCAUAUGCUGGGGAAUCAAGGAUCAGUGCAUCUCAAAGUCGAUAUUUUCAUUCCACACUUUUUAAAUCAAAAGCUCAAGGUGCUCCAGUUCCACGUGCUGUUCCCCUUUCUAGGCUUACUGAUAGCUUUUUAGAUGGAACUAGUAGCGUCUACUUGGAGGAACUUCAAAGGGCUUGGGAGGCUGAUCCUACCAGUGUUGAUGAGUCAUGGGAUAAUUUCUUCAGAAACUUCGUGGGUCAGGCUGCCACAUCUCCUGGCAUUUCUGGCCAAACAAUACAAGAGAGUAUGCGUUUAUUGUUGCUUGUGAGAACAUAUCAGGUUAAUGGUCACAUGAAAGCCAAGUUGGAUCCCUUGGAUUUGGAAGAAAGGGAAAUUCCUGAUGAGUUGGACCUUGCACAUCAUGGUUUCACAGAAGCUGAUCUUGAUCGGGAAUUCUUCUUGGGGUUGUGGAAAAUGUCUGGGUUUUUGUCUGAGAACCGCCCUGUUCAAACACUCAGAUCCAUUUUGACCCGUCUUGAGCAAGCAUAUUGUGGAAGCAUCGGAUAUGAGUACAUGCAUAUUGCAGACCGUGAUAAAUGUAACUGGUUGAGGGACAAGAUUGAGACCCCAACAUCAACGUAUUACAAUCAACAACGCAAGGGGGUUAUUCUCGAUCGGCUUAUAUGAAGCACACAAUUUGAGAACUUUUUGGCGACCAAGUGGACCACAGCAAAGAGGUUUGGGCUCGAGGGAGGGGAGACUUUGAUUCCUGGGAUGAAAGAAAUGUUUGAUAGGGCUGCAGAUCUCGGGGUUGAGAGCAUAGUUAUCGGAAUGCCUCAUAGAGGGAGAUUAAAUGUCUUGGGUAAUGUUGUCAGAAAGCCACUACGUCAAAUAUUUAGUGAGUUUAGUGGUGGUACAAAGCCUGUCAAUGAGGUUGGGCUCUAUACAGGAACUGGUGAUGUGAAGUAUCAUUUGGGAACUUCUUAUGACCGACCAACUAGGGGUGGCAAGAGGAUCCACCUCUCGUUGGUUGCUAAUCCAAGUCAUUUGGAAGCUGUUGAUCCUGUGGUUGUUGGAAAAACUCGGGCAAAGCAAUACUACUCAAAUGAUGUGGACCGCACAAAGAAAAUGGGUGUUUUGAUUCAUGGAGAUGGUAGUUUUGCUGGACAAGGUGUUGUCUACGAGACUUUACAUCUCAGCGCUCUUCCAAACUACACCACUGGCGGCACCAUUCACAUCGUUGUAAACAAUCAGGUAGCAUUUACUACUGACCCAAGGUCAGGAAGAUCCUCACAGUACUGUACUGAUGUUGCUAAAGCCUUGAAUGCACCCAUCUUCCAUGUGAAUGGAGAUGAUGUGGAAGCAGUUGUUCAUGUAUGUGAGCUGGCAGCAGAAUGGCGCCAGACCUUUCAUUCAGAUGUUGUAGUUGAUUUGGUUUGUUACCGUCGUUUUGGGCACAAUGAGAUUGAUGAGCCAUCUUUCACCCAACCUAAGAUGUAUCAGGUAAUCAGGAAUCAUCCCUCAUCUCUUGAGAUCUAUAGGAAGAAACUUUUAGAUUCGGAGCAUGUGACUCAAGAAGACAUUGAGAAGAUACAGUCCAAGGUCAAUUCAAUACUUAAUGAAGAAUUUAUUGCCAGCAAAGAUUAUGUUACUAAAAGAAGGGAUUGGCUUUCAGCAUAUUGGGCUGGAUUCAAGUCCCCUGAACAGCUCUCACGUAUUCGGAAUACAGGGGUUAAACCAGAAAUCUUGAAGAAUGUAGGAAAAGCUAUUACAUCCCUUCCUGAUAACUUCAAGCCACACAGGUCAGUCAGAAAGGUGUAUGAACAGCGUGCCCAAAUGAUUGAAACUGGGGAUGGCAUUGACUGGGCCCUAGGAGAAGCACUUGCUUUUGCCACAUUGUUAGUGGAAGGUAACCAUGUCAGAUUAAGUGGACAGGAUGUUGAAAGAGGUACCUUUAGCCAUAGACAUUCAGUUCUUCAUGAUCAGGAAACAGGAGAAAAGUAUUGCCCUCUUGAUCAUGUUAUCAUAAACCAGAAUGAGGAGAUGUUUACGGUCAGUAAUAGUUCUCUCUCAGAAUUUGGCGUUCUUGGAUUUGAGUUGGGUUAUUCAAUGGAAAAUCCCAAUUCACUGGUAAUUUGGGAAGCUCAAUUUGGUGAUUUUGCGAAUGGGGCACAAGUGAUAUUUGAUCAGUUCUUAAGCAGUGGAGAAUCGAAGUGGCUGCGACAAACAGGACUUGUUGUGCUACUUCCUCAUGGCUAUGAUGGCCAGGGUCCGGAACAUUCAAGUGCAAGACUGGAGCGUUUCCUUCAGAUGAGUGAUGAUAACCCUUAUGUUAUGCCUGAGAUGGAUCCAACUCUUAGGAAGCAAAUUCAAGAAUGCAAUUGGCAAGUUGUGAAUGUUACAACUCCUGCUAACUACUUUCAUGUGCUUAGGCGUCAGAUUCACAGGGAAUUCCGCAAGCCUCUCAUUGUGAUGUCUCCCAAAAACCUGCUUCGUCAUAAGGACUGUAAAUCCAAUCUGUCUGAGUUUGAUGAUGUAAAAGGCCACCCAGGCUUUGACAAGCAGGGGAUUAGAUUUAAGCGCCUUAUCAAGGACCAAAAUCUGCACUCUGAUUGUGAAGAAGGUAUCAGGCGUUUGAUACUUUGCUCUGGAAAGAUUUAUUAUGAACUAGAUGAAGAGCGGAAAAAAAUCGAUGGAAAGGACAUUGCAGUAUGUCGGGUGGAACAGCUAUGUCCAUUCCCAUACGAUCUCAUCCAGCGAGAGUUGAAACGGUAUCCAAAUGCUGAGGUUGUUUGGUGCCAAGAGGAGCCAAUGAACAUGGGUGCGUACAGCUACAUAAGUCCUCGUCUUGGUUCUGCCAUGAAGAAUCUGGCCCGAGGAACAAUUGAAGAUAUCAAAUACGUUGGUCGGGCUCCAUCUGCGGCUACAGCCACCGGUUUUUAUCAAGUUCAUGUUAAAGAACAAACCGAAAUUAUUGAGAAAGCACUGCAGCAUGACCCAAUCAUGUAUCCCCAUUGAAGUCCCUCCAGAUCCCAUUAGUAAGCGAUUCACAACAUAUUAAAAGAUAUGUAAAUGUAAACUUUAUAUGGUCCUAAAUUCUGUACUUUCAUUGUAAUUUUUCUGCAUAUGUUUCUAUUGAGUGACUUAUUAUGUUAGGCUGUAUGCAGUCUCAUGCAGACGUAUUCUGCUCAAUGGAAUAAAGAUACUGAUCAAUGUAAAAUUUGUUGGAAAAAAAUUCUCAUUGUUAGCCGUUCAUCCCACUGUUGUCUCCUAAAAUACCUCAAGGCUUCAUAUUUAUUGGAACCGGUAACUCAAAACAUUUACAUUCUUAAAGCAUGUAUCGUGAUCUCUCUCUCUCUCUCACACAUACACUUGUCAUAGUUAGAGCGGGAGAGUAUAAUUCUACCUAGAUCUGAACUAUAUAUGAUGCUUUAUUCCAAUCAACUUCUGUUGGUUGGACAAUUAUCUCAUCCAGUAAACUAUGUAUUUCGUAACAUGUAGAAAAAGAAAAGUAAUAUUCUCAUAUUCUGAUUUUCAUCUGAUGUUUGGAUAUCUUGACUUCUGCAAUCUCAUAUUCUUGAAAGCAGGCCUGACGUUGUACUUUCUUUCUUUUGCAGACACCCACUUCCAUUAACGUUAUAUUGUUUUCCAACACUUUUAUCAGGGAUAUUUGUCGUUUUCAUCCAUACAAUAUUCCUACCUGUAAAUUUGUAAUGGGCUAAUUGAUUAUGAUGUUUUGUUAUCAACAGUUGCUAUUUCGAGAGUCUGAGAUGGAUUGCAAUUACAAGGGCCGUCUACUCUUCAUCAGAAUUGGAAUUUCCACAGCAUACCUUAGAAUCACACUUCCCCUUGUGGAAGCUGAGAGGGAUGGCAUUUUAAUUUUCAAUGCUCAUUUAAACUAUUAGCUCUAAUAAAAUGACAUCAACAGUAGCUGUUUUCUUAUUAUAUUGGUUUUUUACUUUGCCAGAAAUUCUGAUUCCACAACAACACUUGCUAGUUGCUCCACUCAAAGGCUGGGAGACCAACUUGCUCUGUGCAAAACUCCAUUACGGAAGGAAAAGAACCCAACCUCUUAAAUUAUCCAUUUGACAUUAAGCAGCUUGAAAAAGAAAUGAGCUCGAUAACGCAGGCCAAUAUAGUAUUGCAGGAGAUGAUGAUAUGUUAAACUAUUUGCUCAUUUAAGACAAAAAAAGAAAAAAAAAGGA